AUGCAGGCCUUGGUACGGAGCCUGGUGCGCUCUGAGCUGGGCUCAGCUGAUGGGGACCGCGACCAGCCGGGACAGGCGCUUUUCCUCCAAAUCUUCCAGCAGCUGAGCUCUGCACCUGCUAGUGGGGUAGGUGCUGCUGAAGAGGCUGCUGUGGAAGACCUCAUUGCGCAGCACCUACAGGGGCUCCGAAAGAACGACCGUGGCCUGGACAGGCACUUGCGCUUUCAAGGCUUGAAAAACCGCCUGAGCAAGCGCUGUGACAGAUCCGUCUUGGCGCUGCUCUUCCUGCUGCGAGGAGAUGCCUUCGCAGGCGACGCACGAGCGCCGCUGUCCUUCACACAUCGCCCGCGCCUGCAGAACGCGGGUGUUUCGAAGGAGCAUAGCUCGGAACGCACGGUUGAAGUGGGUUGGCAACUCGGAGGAGGUGCCCCAACCGUGCUGCUGGAGGCGAAGUUGGUGAGAGAUCUACUCUUUGCCUUGCAAGGCGUGAGCAGUGACUGCUUCAAGCUCAAUGCCUCCUUUGAGGUGGACCCGGCAGUGAUCCUGACCAGGCCAGCCUGGGUUGUCUCCCAGAGAGUGUUGGAGCUGGCGACCUUGCACGUGCGCCUGGCGGGCACCAAGGAGGACUCCAAGGAAUCAACCGAGGGCCUCUUGCAGCAGGCGCUCUGCGAAGCACUGCGGGAGCAACUCCAGGACUACUAUGAAAUGCUCGCCCUGUUGAUGUCCAAGAAGCUGAGCCUCCGCGGACUGUGGGCUUGGCUCCUCGCUCCUUUGGCACGCCUAAGCUUCCUUGCAAGCCUCUCGGAGGCCAGCCGCGGUGUCUUUGGUGGUGCCGUGGCCUCCAUGGUCUUAGCAUUCGCGCAGUCGGGCGAUGCCCAGGUGCAGCAGAAGGCCACGAGAAUCCUGAGCUCGGUGGUGCGGCCUCUGCUGGCCAUGAUUCGCGCCUGGAUGAGCGAAGGUGAGCUGCAGGACCCCUUUGGUGAGUUCUUUGUCGUGGCUACCUCUGUGCCCAUCCAAGACCUCUGGACACACAUGUACCGCCUGGAGCUUGAGAUGGUCCCCAGCUUCCUGACCCUGGAGUUGGCCCGGAAGAUCCUUCUCACGGGGAAGUCCGUGAACUUCAUUCGCCUCUGUUGCCCAGGCCAGGGCUGGUCACGCCUGGGCGCCGCGCUCCUCGACACGCCCGAGCUCGACUCGGACAUGCAGGAGCUCGGGGAGCUGCCUGGGCACGAGGGCAAGGAGCGCAAGGAGCUGCUUCAAACAGGCGGCACCCUCCUGCGAGGCCUCGCAGGGCGCGUGGAGCAUGCUGCGCAGCAGACGAACGAGCAUCUCGUCAAGCUGCUCAUGGAGAGGUAUGCAUUGGGUGAGCAUGCCAUGGCCCUGAGGCGUUUCCUGCUUUUGGGACAAGGCGAUUUCGUCGAAUGCCUCAUGGAUGCAAUGCAGCAGGAGCUGAACGCCGAGGCCGGCACGAUCCAGCGCCACCAGCUGAUGGGACUUCUGGACAUGGCACUGCGACAGUCCAACGCGCAAUUCUGCUCAUCAGAUGUGCUGGCACGCCUUGGGGUGAAGCUGCUCAGCCCUUCGGACGGCGAAUGCGGCUGGGACAUCUUCCUGUUAGACUACAGCAUCGAUACACCUCUCCAUGUGGUGUUCACGCCAGCGGCCAUGCAGAAAUACGACCGUGCCUUUGCUUUCCUUUGGAAGCUCAGGCGCGUGUCGCACGCCCUGGCGACAAGUUGGAACCAGCACAUGACGCUCCAAAGGCACCUCUCGUCCCUGGCAGCGCAGACCGUGUGCGUGCCCCUGCCGGAGCUGGGCCCGACGCUGCACCGCUUCGCCUGCCUCCGCCACGAGCUGCACCAUUUCGUGCAAAACAUUCAGUCCUACGUGAUGUUCGAAGUCCUUGACACUUCCUGGGCCAAGUUGCACGCUGGCUGGCGCACUUGCAGCGACCUGGACGAGGUGAUCUCACAGCACGAGCGCUACUUGGUCAAUAUCGAGGAGGGCGCCUUCCUGGCGAAGGGCUGCGAAGCAGUCCUGUCCAGCAUUACGGCCUUGCUCUCCUUGGCCCUGGAGUUUUGCCAGCUGCAAGAUCAAGCUUGUGCCGCAUGCUUCGAAGCAGCAGAGGCCAUGAUGGAAGUGGACGAUGUCGCCAGCGUGUUUCAGGCCCUUCGCAGCCAGCCCUUCGCUCGGUCCCUGGCGGAGUGCAGAGCGCAGCUCGAUGGCGUGGCCUCCGCCUUCAGCAUGAAGCUCCAGGAGCUCCUCCAGUCGCUGGAAGAAGGGCCCGAGCGGCCCGAGGUGAGGGUAUUGGACUUUAGCUUCCUUUGCUCUCGCUUGGACUUCAAUGGCUACUACGAGAGGCAGGCCACUUCCCCGAGAGCUGGCCUGGGUUAG